ACAGGAAGUGUAUCCCGGGCGUGUAUAAAGACGCUUCCUGUACGCCACUUGAAAGAAACAUAUUUUGAAACAUUCAUGGCUUGACCUUACAUAAAGAUACACGAAGCAAAUUAAAACAAACAGCCCAAGAUGAACUACGUACCAGGGACAGCCAGUCUCAUUGACGACAUCGACAAGAAGCACCUGGUGUUGCUCCGAGACGGCAGAACACUGAUCGGUUACCUCCGAAGCAUUGAUCAGUUUGCCAAUCUAGUCUUUCAUCAAACAGUUGAGCGCAUCCAUGUGGGGAAGAAAUUCGGUGACAUCCCCAGAGGAAUAUUCAUCGUGAGAGGAGAGAAUGUGGUGCUGCUUGGAGAGAUAGAUAUGGAUAAGCCCUGUGACACAGUCCUGCAGCAGGUUUCCAUUGAAGAGAUUCUGGAGGAGCAGCGGUUGCAGCAGCAAGCCAAACAGGAGACGGACAAAGUGAAAAUGCAGGCCCUGAAGGACCGAGGUCUUUCCAUCCCCAAAGCUGACAACUUGGAUGAAUACUAACCUUGAUUGCGUCUCUCAGUUUGUAUCAGACUGAUAAGUUUUAUGUUGAGUUUACUUUCCCCCCCCUUUUUCUUACGUGGCUGCAUCACGCUGGGCCUGUAUACUGUAUGGAUUUGAUUUGAAUUUGGAGAAGAAAAAAGUGUGAUGCUGCUCUCAGUUGUGCAGAUCCUUCCAGUAAAAUGAAAGAAUCCUGUGUUUAUGUAAGACCACCCUGUCUGCAAGUUAGCAAUUAUUUUCCAGCAGCACUUUCUAUUUUGUCAGUAAUGUGUCAAGCCUUUUUAUUUGGAGAAAUGUGGGCCGGCUAUUGACAAACUACAUGCUAUGCUCCAAUAAAGAGUUUAGUUUUUCAUUAUGAAUGGCGAAAUGUUGUGUUAUCCUAAAGUGUGACCAUAUUGCCCAAUCUGUAUUUAUUUUUAUUUUUUUUAAUCCCUUAGUAAGGCAUUAAAGGAUGAAGUGCAGUAUUUGGGUACCAUUGCAUCCCGCGCGCCCUAUUGAUCCAGUGUUCCAUGCUGCAACGUGACAUCCAAUACAUGCAGUCUCUGUUAAACUUUUUUUUUUUUUUUUUUUUAUCCCUCAGGGGAAGGGGGCUAAUCAAGACCUGGGAGAGUAAACCGAUUUUUCAUAGACAUCCCUGUCAAAUAUAAAGCAGUGAGUCCAAAGGAUAUCAUCAGAUAGCAGGGAUAUACUUUAUAUGUCCCUAUCAUUAAAAAUAGGACUAAGAAGUUUGGUAAACU